AUGAGAACAUAAUUAUUAACAUCUCCUCAACCACAAAAAUAAUAUAUCAUUCAAUAAUAAAGACAAGCUUAUUAUUAAGCAUAAUAAUAACCUUCUACUUAUAGACGACCUUAACCUGCUUUUGUUGUAUAUAAACAACCCUAAACUCAAUAAUUAUAAUAUUAAUAUCAAUAAUCAAUUUAAGUCAGAUAAUCACAACCUAUAUGCACUAUUCAAUCCCAUUAAAUUUACUAGCCUAAUCCUGUUAGAUAAUAAAGAAAUUCAAUUCAUUAAUAUCCAAUUUAAUUUACUAAUUCUAUUAGCCCUCAAUAUUCUAAUAAUUAUAGAUAGAUAUUCCCAAGUAAUUCAUAACAAUAAUUAACCCAACCUUAAACAGCUCCUAGAUACUCAAUUAAAAAAAGUCAAACAUUAACACUUCCAAAUCAACCUACUCAAUAAAAUUUCCCUUAAUAAAACUAUCAACUACCAUAAUAACUUUAAUAGUAAACACCUUAAAUUAAAUCAAUUACACCAAUUGUUAAUUACCAAGAAGAUGAAUUAGAGAAAAGAUUCUAGGAUGCUAUUGAUAGAACUAGAGAUUUAGUUCAUAAAUACAAUCCUGCAGAUUAAAACAAAUAAUAAUAAUAAUAAUAAUAAUAAUAAUAAUAAUAAUAAGAAUAAUUAACAUAACUUGCAUUAUAAUAUGAAGAUGGAUUUAUUUAUAGAGGAUAAGGUUAUGAACCUGCUAUGAGAGAAGGCUUUGGAGUACUCACAGACCAAAAUGAAAAUGAAGUUUAUAGCGGAUUUUGGAAAGAUAAUCAAUAUCAUGGAUAAGGAAAACUUAUUAAUUUCUAAGUAGAUUAGAUAUAAGGACCAUAUGAUUAUAGAGAUUUGGGAAAUAUUGAAGACGGAUGGAUGACUUAUGAAGGUUUUUUUAUUUACUAUUCAGUUUAGGUGAUUUUUAUGAAGGCAAAAUGCAUGGUAAAGGAAUUCUUAUUUUGACUAAUGGAGAAUAAUUUGAAGGAGAAUUUAAUGAUGGUAUGAUAGAUGGAUAAGGAAUAUAUACCAAUUCUGAUAGACAUGAUAUUAGAGGAGUUUGGAAAGAUGGAAUUUUAAUAGAAUGA